GCUGGAGGAGUGCAAGGGGGUGUUAUUAAUCAUAACGCCAGGUCCCAAACUUCAGCUCUGGAUGGAGCCACCACAACGAGCACCAGCACCACCACUGCAGCAGCAGCAGCAGCAGGAUCGGAAGUCACUGCUGCUCCAGGGACCCUCAGUCAGGGCAAAUCGGUGGUUAUCAGCACCAUGGCAACUGCCUUGUCCACCAGGAAUGGCAAGAUUGGGACCACAACAGUGCAAACUUUGAAUGGGAGUAACGUGGUGAUGAACUCUCACCACACAGGAAGUGCUGCUUUCUCUGGGACUCCUGUGACUGCUAACCCCGCUUCUGCACCUGCUGUUGCCCCUCUCGUUAACAAUGGACCUGGAUCUGUGGGGAAAGGAAACACUGUUAACGCUGUUUUGCCCUCAGCUUCCAACACUGUCAUCCAGACUUCUUUCCUUAAUACUGCUGUGUCCUCUGCAUCUUCCUCCUCGCCCACAGUUAUCUCCUCGCAGCCACCACCGAGCAUCGGAACUGGGGCUCCUACGGUAACGCUUGUGAGGCCACCGAUUCACACAGCGGGACCCACAGUAGCUGCAGCUGGUGCAGCCACUCAAAAUGGGAGCAAUACUGUGAUCAAUUCAACCAUCAGUGUGGGGAGUUUUCCUGCUGUUGCUACAGCCACUGUGGGAUCUGGAGUUUCCCUCCAAACGUCGCUUGUGAACAGCCAGUCUGGUUCCGCUGUGCCAGCAGCUCCCGCCACACAAGUCAUCAAAUCUGAGUCUCCUAAAACGAUAGUCCAAGCAGUAUCCCAACACCAGACGCUGGCUACUGGUGGCCAGCCCAGUACUACAGGGGGUAACAUGAUUAUUGGGCAAACUAUGCAAGCUGGGCUCUCCAAUGUUGCUCCCAACCCUGGUGGGAUACCUCCUGCAGCUCCUGGCACCCCCACAGGAAUGGCUAAAGGUGCUGCCAACACGGUGGCACAAAGUCUGCCGAGGACUCCAACAGCAACUACGAGUGGAAUCAGAGCAACUUUGACUCCUACAGUUUUAGCACCUCGUUUGCCUCAGCCACCUCAGAAUCCAACUAACAUUCAGAAUUUUCAGUUACCACCGGGCAUGGUCCUUGUGCGCAGUGAGAACGGGCAGUUGCUGAUGAUCCCCCAACAAGCCUUGGCGCAGAUGCAAGCGCAGGCACACGCCCAGUCUCAGCCUCAAAAUACUAUGACUCCUCGUCCUGCUACACCUACCAGUGCUCCUCCAGUGCAGAUAUCCACAGUACAGGCUCCAGGAACACCUAUUAUUGCACGACAGGUGACACCAACUACUAUUAUCAAGCAAGUGUCUCAGGCUCAAACAACAGUGCAACCCACAACAACGCUACAGCGUCCUCCUGUUGUGCAACCUCAGAUUGUUCUGGGUGGUACUGCACAAACAACUACCUUGGGAACAGCAACAGCAGUACAAACUGGAACUCCUCAGAGAACAGUGCAAGGAACAACGGCAACCUCCACUGCUGCCACAGAAACUAUGGAAAAUGUGAAGAAAUGCAAAAACUUUCUGUCCACAUUAAUAAAACUGGCAUCAUCUGGAAAACAGUCUUCAGAGACUGCGGCUAACGUGAAAGAAUUGGUACAGAACCUACUGGAUGGAAAAAUUGAAGCAGAAGACUUUACCAGUAGGCUGUACAGAGAACUUAAUUCUUCACCUCAACCUUACCUUGUGCCUUUCCUGAAGAGGAGUUUACCUGCCUUGAGACAGUUAACACCGGACUCUGCAGCUUUCAUUCAACAAAGUCAACAGCAACAGCCAACGACGCAAGCGACGAUAGCAACAAUUCCAUCUGCGGCGGUGCUUCUGAGCUCCUCGGUUCAGCGUACGGCAGGGAAGGCGACUGCGACUGUGACGAGUACUCUCCAACAACCUGUAAUCAGCCUAACUCAACCUACACAAGUUGGUGUUAGUAAACAAGGGCAGUCUACACCACUGGUUAUCCAACAGUCUCAAAAAGCAGGGGCAUUGAUAAGGCCUCCACAGGUAACGUUGACACAGACACCAAUGGUAGCAUUGCGGCAACCACAUAGUCGUAUUAUGCUCACUACUCCUCAAAUCCAACUGAAUCAACUUCAAACAGUACCUGUGGUAAAACCAGCAGUAUUACCUGGAAACAAAGCUAUUGCCACUGUUUCGACACAAGUAGCUGCUGCUCAGAAGAAUAAACUCAAAGAACCUGGGGGAGGCUCUUUUAGGGAUGAUGAUGACAUUAAUGAUGUUGCAUCAAUGGCUGGAGUCAACCUGUCAGAAGAAAGUGCUCGGAUAUUGGCAACAAACUCUGAGUUAGUAGGCACAUUAACAAGGUCCUGUAAAGACGAAACCUUCCUUUUCCCAGCACCUUUACAGAGAAGGAUAUUAGAAAUAGGUAAAAAACAUGGAAUAACAGAAAUCCAUCCUGAUGUAGUUAGCUACGUAUCACAUGCUACACAACAAAGACUACAAAACCUCGUGGAAAAAUUAUCAGAGACUGCUCAACAGAAGAAUAUUUCUUAUAAGGAUGAUGAAAGAUACGAACAAGCAAGUGACGUUCGGGCGCAGCUCAAGUUCUUUGAACAACUUGAUCAAAUAGAAAAGCAGCGUAAAGAUGAACAAGAAAGGGAAAUUUUAAUGCGUGCAGCAAAGUCUCGAUCUCGACAAGAGGAUCCAGAACAGCUUAGGUUGAAACAGAAGGCCAAGGAGAUGCAGCAACAAGAGCUAGCACAGAUGAGACAGAGGGAUGCCAACUUGACUGCAUUAGCUGCUAUUGGUCCCAGAAAGAAAAGGAAAGUAGAUUCACCGGGAUCUGGAUCAGGGACAGAG